AUGGCACUUCAUGCAUGUGGUUCAGACCAUGGUAAGGAAGAAAAAACCCUUUGCUGGCACGUUUUUAGUGAUGAGGGCGUGGCUGACCACGAAUAUGUCAAUUUUAGGAACCAUGAGCGCAUUGCCAAUAAAGCAAGGGCACUGAAACUCGUCUCUCGCAACACAACCAUUCCCGUGCCCAAGCUCCUCGACCAUGGGGUCCUACCAGACGGACGCCAGUACUUGAUCACGGAGUACAUCCACGGUAUACUCCUCAGUCAACUUUCCAGUCAAGGUUGCUUGAGUCCAGAGGGAAGCAAUCAUACAGAAAGUACAGACAGCACCCCAUGUGGUAUAUGCCGAACACAAGCCUACAGAAACGCUCUGAAGUUGAUCAAUGGCGUUGUUUUACCACAGUUGGCUGAAUUGAAAUCUAAUGAACGCGGUAUUGAAGGAUUUGUUAUGCCUCCAUCCUGGCUAAGCCUAGGUCAGCCUCCGUGGAAAGGCAAACAACAAUGGGAGACCUUACCUCUGGAAAACAAUGACUACGUUUUCCAACAUGGUGAUAUUGCAGCUAACAACAUCAUAAUGGACCGACAAACUCUCCAAGUUCGGGCUUUAAUUGACUGGGAAUUCGCCGGGCAUUUCUUAGAAGGAACGGAAAGAUGGCCUGGAACACUGGAUGCAUCUGUCUACAACCGGCGUGGCCAUCAACUAGCCGGCGCGAUAGCGAAGUACCUUCCUAUAGACUACCUGGCAUGCUACGACCAGUGGGAAGACAAAGCAAAAUUGGCGGAACUAAUCCAAAAUGGAGAACUUCCGGCUCCUGAUCCACUGAGAAAGGCUUACAAGAGAGAUUGA